GAUGCAGAUCGAUAGCGAAAUGCACUAUGAAUCAACAAGUGGAAAAGUGCGACGGGAAUAUGGUUCAAAUGACUCAUGUGAUCAUGUGAUCGAUCGGGGCCGUAUGGAAGAUCCUAGUGUUGGGCGGCAUUAA